AUGGCUGAGGUUCUAGGCGGCAUAGUACGCCUCGGUUUCGUCGCUUCUCGUAUUCUAUACGAAAUCGCAUUCGACAGGCGGGAAUUCGAUCGGUAUGAAUUUCGCGACUUCUACUUCAAAGGGUACGAGUACGCGCAGUAUCGCUUCGGCAGGUGGAAGAAAUGGGUCAUCUGGUGCAUGCUCAUCGACACGAACUUGCUCAUGCAAGUGUCGGAUAUCAUUAACCAUUGGAACGACGAAGAACUCCAAGAUUGGUCUAAAAGUGUGUUGGGUAGUUUUAGCGCCAUCGGUGUCGCUGGGAGCGUUCUCGCCGCAGUCGAUAUCACAGCUCUUACCCUUGGAGGGCUGUCCGAUAUCAAUUGGACAGUCCGAGCUAUAUUUAUGGUAAGUCUUGCGACAAGCGUCCUCUCGGUAGUUUUCGGUAGUCGACUUCAGAGGAGACUUUAUAUGAUCGGCUCUCCGUUGGACCUGCGGCUAUGGCUUAGCAAUGGCGAGGUAUACUGGGAAGCCCGCCAAGAUCCCCAUUGGCAUAAUGGUGUAGAAGGACCGAAUCUUGACAACACGGAAAACUUACCGCAGGCCGAGGAGGCGGGAACGCACAACGGCCCUGGCCCUGAGAAUUAUGAUGAUAAUGAUGGUAUUGACGAGCCCCUUGAAAGCUCGAUUCACGCCAUCCGGAUCUUACAACUACCGGUGGAGCUUUUCGCUAUUUCGUGUAUCACGUUUGUCGUAGCCCUGAUACUUUACACGACCCUCAUGUGGCGACAGAACCCCGGGCCAAAUGUAAACGACUAUCGUAAUAUCAUGAUAUGCCUGCUCUUGGUGGUCUUGAUACUGGUAGGCUACUACGAAUUGAUACGGUCCAUGAAGGAUGUCGAAGGGGCAAGGGUGAAGGACUUUACUACCCUAGGGAAAUUUACACCUAGACCCAAGCUUAGAGGCCCAAGAGAUGGCACUUAUAAUGAUGUCGACGCUGCGCGUUUCUUCGGGAGGUUACGCAAGUCACAAGAUCUGCGCCGCCUAUUACACCCAGUCGCGGACAGAUCCACUGAGGGAACCUUUUUGAGCAUUCUCGAUGGUAUAGAUAAAAUAGCAAAGAGCAGGCUGAUUCAACAUCCUGAGAGUUUUAUAACUGAAAUAGUGGACCGGACGGCGGAGAGAGUCCGUAUGGAAAAUCUCGAAGCACGGACAGGAGCAGCAAGACGAUCAUAUACGGCUGUACCCCUUCAAAACAAGUCCAAGCACCCCCAAGAUCUAGACACCAGCAAAGCUAGGCACAGUGGCUACGAUGCCGUGCAGGAAGUUCUCAACCUUGCGAGAAUAGGUGUUAAUUCACCCCGGGAAAUCAUCGUUAGGCGUCCGAUACGCCUAGAGAAACUGAUUAACAAGACCGAUGAAGAUGGGCAGACCGCCUUGAUGAGGGUUGCAGAGCAGGGUGAUAUGGAACAAGUCUUAUGGCUGCUCGACCAUGGUGCCGAUGCGACCCUCAAAGACAGGAAGGGGGAAACAGCGUAUCAGCUAGCCAGACGUUGGGGCCAUGAUGAUAUCGCGGCUGUGAUUCAGAUCAAUACGUGGGAGCAGGCUCAGGAAGGAGAAAGCCAAAGCGAAUAUUGA